UUGUAUUCGCAACAUAAGAGAUCGUCCGUCACUUGCGGUUGGACAGCUCCUCGGGACAGUCGAGUUUUUUUUUUGGGAAGUCCAUCUUCCGUGAACCAUGCGACCGGGUCAGAGUGUUGUGUUUUAGUGGAAACGGCGGAAUAAGAAAAAAAUAUCUUCCCCAAGCGUGCGUAGAUGCAGAACUUUGCGCUAUCUGCAAACGAAAGUGAAGAAGUUUACUUGGGGGUCGCAUUUUUGGAGCGACACUUCAACAAGCAAGGUAUCGAGGAAUGUUUCGGAGUGGCGCUUCUGGAUUAGCGCACAUGGCGAUUAAGUGAGCAGAAGUGUUGAAUGAAUGAAGUGCGGAUAGAUAGUGGAUAGAGUGCCAGGAAUCAUAAAUAGAACUCCAGUAUUGCUCUAACCAUUUCAUAGAGAGCCAAUGAAGAAAUGUGUUGAUGAAUAAAAAAGUUUGAUAAUGAAGAAGAUGUAUAUUACAUAACAAUAUUGAAAUAAUAAUAAUUAUAUCAAGUGACACCAGUGGAGUGUGAAGCAUCAAAGGACUGUGGUCAAAUCCAUUACACGGAAGUUACAAGAAUACGGGAGGUGGAAAACGAUCCAAAAUGCAGCCCGUAAGAUGGGCACUUCUGGUUUCACUGUUCAUAACGGCUAAAGGAGAUGAAUUCAAAAAUAUCGAUGAUCCUACUGGAAGUUUCAAAUUGCACCCACCAGUAAUAACAAAUGGUCCACUAAGUAGAGUUAAACGCAACGGUGCUAACAUACGGGGAACAUUCCGCGGUCAAACUCAGUCUCAGUAUCUACAUUUUGGUGAUAACAAGGAUGGCAAGGCAGAAGCCGAAGCGACACAACACGGAUCCCGGGCAGUUGUUGUUGGUUCCAACGGUAUGGGACAAGCGCAGAGUCAAUCUAUGGGAGGCGAUUGCAGUUCAUGCUACGGUGUAGGGCAGGAUACUGGCGGCUAUAUCUAUGACUCACGUCCAGACCCGUUAAGGGUGCCGGAUGGUGGUCCGGGUCAGAGGCCUGGUGAUAGUUUCGGUCCUGGGGUACACCGUCCUGGAGGUGUACCUGGUGAUUCGAGACCCGAUACAGAUGCUUUCGGUCGGCCAUCAACCGGACUAAUUCCUGGGACAGGAGAUACUGGAGAUAUAUACGGAAGACCUGGCGUGAGUGACGGCGGACGGCCAGGCAGCACAAUAGACCAAUAUGGAAGGCCUGGCGGUAUUGACGGUGGACGACCAAGUGCUAUAGUAGACCAAUACGGAAGACCUGGCGUAACUGAAGGCGGGCGGCCAGGCGCUACAGUAGACCAAUACGGAAGACCUGGCGUAACUGACGGCGGGCGCCCAGGCAGCACGAUAGACCAAUACGGACGGCCUGGCGUGACUGACGGUGGGCGACCAGGCGGUACUGUAGAGCAAUACGGAAGACCUGGCGUAACUGAUGAUGGACGGCCAGGCGCUACGGUAGACCAAUAUGGACGGCCUGGCGUAACUGACGGUGGACGUCCAGGCGGUACUGUAGAGCAAUACGGAAGGCCUGGCGUAACUGACAGUGGGCGACCAGGCGUUACGGUGGACCAAUACGGAAGACCUGGUGUAACUGACGGUGGACGACCAAGUGCUAUAGUAGACCAAUACGGAAGACCUGGCGUAACUGAAGGCGGGCGGCCAGGCGCUACAGUAGACCAAUACGGAAGACCUGGCGUAACUGACGGCGGGCGCCCAGGCAGCACGAUAGACCAAUACGGACGGCCUGGCGUGACUAACGGUGGGCGACCAGGCGGUACUGUAGAGCAAUACGGAAGACCUGGCGUAACUGAUGAUGGACGGCCAGGCGCUACGGUAGACCAAUAUGGACGGCCUGGCGUAACUGACGGUGGACGUCCAGGCGGUACUGUAGAGCAAUACGGAAGGCCUGGCGUAACUGACAGUGGGCGACCAGGCGUUACGGUGGACCAAUACGGAAGACCUGGUGUAACUGACAGUGAACGUCCAGGCGGUACAGUUGACCAAUACGGAAGACCCGGCGUAACUGACGGAGGACGUCCAGGCGCCACAGUAGACCAAUACGGAAGACCUGGCAUAACUGACAGUGGACGCCCAGGGAGCGCUGUAGAUCAAUACGGACGACCCGGAGAUUAUGCAACGGGACCAGGAGUUGGUGUGGAUUCAUUAGGAAGACCGAUCGGUACAGGAGGCAUGCCUGGCCAGACAGACAUACAUGGUAGACCAAUAGGUGGUAGGCCUACAGAUGUUGACUCUUUCGGAAGACCAAUAGGAACCGGAGAUUAUGAUGGACACUACCGACCUGGUGUACCUGGAUCACCAGGUGCUGAAGCAUUCACCGGACCAGGAACAAUCAGCAGACCCGGUUCAAUCGGUCCACCGGGUGGCCCUGGAACAGUUGGUCUUCUUGGACCUCUAGGACCUGGUGAAAGGCCUGGAGCAAUUAAUGGUCCUGGAACUCCAGGAGGACAUGGUUACAUUCAAUCACAUGGACCCGCAUAUGGACCAACAGGCCCUCAAACUCAUGUUAUGGGCCCACCGUUAACUAAUAUUGGUACUACCGGUACAUCAACUGUCUACCACUCAGGUGGAGGUCACUCCGUGACGCUCCCAGGACAUGACCACACUGUUGUGAAUCCUACCGGAGGUCUGACUGUUCUUGUGGGUACAGGUAGUCCAAGGCAAACUGUAAUUGGUUCUGACAGCAGACUCGAUGGUCACGGUCCAGUAAAAAUUAUUCCUGGUCAUCCCGACAGCCACGGGCCACCUAGACAAACUGUUUAUGCGCAUCCGAGUGGGGUCACAGUACUGGUAGGCACAGGGGGACCACAUCAAACAGUACAUCAUCUGCCGACCACUGGAACAGGUUAUCCACAUGGUCCGAUGCCAGGACCUCAACAAAUACAGACCACUGGAAUGGGGGUAGAUUAUCGUCCUGGGGGACAGAUACCAGGAGUAGGAGCACCAGGAAUGACGGGACGUUACCCCACGGACCGAUAUCCAACCGGUACUAGUCAAUUGCCAGGAACGGGUGUAGGCCAAUUGCCAACUGACACUGGGACUGGACAGUGGGCCGGACAACCAGGCACAUUUCAAUCUCCUGGUGAAGGUCGAUAUCCUGGAAGAAUUGAUGGUCCCGGUAUUCAAUACCCACAAGAAUUCACGGGACAGCCACCAUCAGGCAUGGGCCCAGAUACCAUCGGAUCGGUUCAAGUACCUGGAGGAGCUGGCGUUGGUCAGUAUCCUGGAGCAGGUAUUCAUCAAGGUGCGCAAUAUCCCGGAAUGCGACCUUCUGUGCCGGGUCAGUUUCCAGGAGGAGUCAUAACAGGCUCUGUAUCAGUUGGAACAGGUCAGUUCACAAUUACUCCCGGAACUGGAGUAGGUCAGUAUCCAGUGGGAACUGGAGGUGUUCAAUACCCUUCGGGUGUAGGAGGGGCUUAUCCAGCUGGAGUAGGAUAUCCAUCAACGAUUGGAACUGGAGCUGGACAAUUCCCAGGGGGUGUAGGCACAGGACAAUACCCUACAACUGGUACUAAUGGCAGAUACCCAGGUGUUACUGGUCAACACCCAGGAGUGACUGGAACUGGAACUACGGUGCACCAAAGGGAAGAAGGAAGUGGUACAGGACAAUACCCUGGGGCUGGUGAUGGUAGAUAUCCUGCAGGAAUCAGGCCAUCCGUGGGAGGGAACGGUGCCGGUACAAGCGGUGAGCGAUACCCAAGUAGACCAAGCGUUGGUCAAUAUCCCGCAGGCGCUGGUACACAACACCUCACAGGUGGAACAGAAACGAGCCAAUAUCCUGGCUCAGCAACUGUUGGCCAAUACCCUGGUGGCACAGGUAAAUAUCCAGGAGAUUACGGUACGUCUCAAUAUCCAGCAAGUGAACACUAUCCUGGUGCUGGUGCUGGAGUGGGUCAAUAUCCAGGUGCUGGUAUAGGUCAACAUCCGGGAGCUAUAGGUACAGUACAGUACCCUGGAACGGCUGGAAUAGGCCAACAUCCUGGGGUCUCGGGAACUGGACCAAGUGGUCAGUACCCUGAUGUAACUGUCGCUGGUCAAUAUCCGGACGGAACCGGCUCUGGACUAUAUCCAGGACGAUAUCCUGUAGGGCCAGGAACUGGUACUGGUCAAGUUCCAGGAAUAGGCCAAUAUCCUGGUGGAGUUAGUACUGGACAAUAUCCAGAAGUUCCUGGAACUGGACACCCUGGUGGAAUAGGAACAGGCACGGGACAUUUGCCGGGAAGAGAUCAGUAUCCUGGUGCAGUCAGUGGUCAAUACCCUGGAGGGACUGUAACUGGUACCGAUCAUGUUGCGGGAACGGGUCGAUAUCCUGGUGAAAUCGGAACCGGAAGAUAUCCAGGAACACCGGGAACUGGCCUGCAAACAAAUGGCGCUGGAGUUGGCCGAUAUCCUGGAGCUGGAGUUAUAACAGGUACGGGCCAUGUUCCAGGAACGAGUCCAUACCCUGGUGCGGUUGGAAGUGGUCAAUACCCUGGUGUUUCGGGAGUUGUUUCACAAACGAAUGGUGCAGGAGGUGGACGCGAAGCAGCUGGAACCGGUAUUGGUCAGGUACCAGGUGCUAUCACUGGACUUCACCAGGAAGGUGUAGUACAUCCAGGUGGCCAAUAUCCCCCGGGACAACGACCGGCUUCGAUUGACCAGUAUCCAAGCACAAUACCACAGGGAACUGUCGGUAUUGGUACGGCCCCUGGCGACCCACCAUCCAACAUUCAAUUAGUAGGCGAAGAAGACGAUUCGUUUUCACAGGCCGAUUCUUCUGUGAAGAAUGGCGAGGUGAUAGCAAGUGCACAGGGACGAAAGAACGGAGGCACAGCGCAAACUCAAGUAUCUGGCACGUAUACUGGAACGGGUUCCUUCAGUGCUAGUGCCCAGACAAGCGAUAGUGACAGAUCAGCGCAAGCGCAGGUAUCUGGUGGUAAGGAUGGCGCACUAAGCUCCGCUCAAGGAAGCGGAGGUGUUGGUAAAUCACAGUCCCAGGUUCAGGUUAAUUCGAAGACUGGAGGAACCUCGGCAACGUCUCAAAGUGGUGGUCUUGGACACGAGAGUCAAUCAGAGGUCGUAGCUAAUGAAAAAGGAGGUUUGGCGGAUGCACAAUCCAGCGGUCCAGGUCAGACAUCUUCCCAGGCCCAAAUCGGUUUCCGUCCCCAGGGAGAAGAAAACGACCAGGCUAACAUCUUCAACGGUGGAGGACAGGCUUCGGCUCAAUCGGGAGCCCAUUCCGGCCAAAGUCAGUCCCAAAUCAGUGGAAAUUUCAAGUUCGGCAUUUCAUACCACGGAGCUGCUCAGGCAGCGUCCGGAACAAAGGAGCAGGUACAUAGCUACCGAGAAAAGGGGAAACAACUGUUCCACUCGAUUGGACUGUUUGGAAAGACCAACAACGGAGCAUCCGUCAGGCGAGAAUCGGACGUUGUCGAUCCCAACGGGCUGAGGUUACGGACUUCUCAACAAAGCGCAGUAACCGAUUUCCAAAAUAUGAUACCAAAGCAGGAGGAGGAAGCUGAGUAUGAAGAAGAGGACGAAUAUUUGGAGGAAGACUACGACACAACCGACACUAUACCAACGGGAGUAGAGGCUAAGUCACGAAAAACUGUAGGUGAAGAUGAGGAAAAGAAGACCACAAUAGUAGAACUACCACCGCCAACGAUUGCAGUUGCCUCAGUGACCACAACGGUGCGUCCUAACCGCAAUUACAACAUCAAUAAUGGAAGUGGAAAAACAUUCUCACAAAACACACCAACGCAGAAGCAAACGGCCGUUGUGCCGAACAUCGACAAAUAUCGUCUCGUUCAGACCCAGGAUGGCAAGACAGUUGUGCAUGAAUCUUCCGGCGACAAAGCUCCGGCCGAAACGAACGAUAUCACUCGUCAAACUACCAUGGGUGAAGGGCUUCCAACGCCCACCACGACUAGACAGAUAGCCAGCUCGACUCCCAAAUACAACACUCGCUACCUUCCGUCGAAACACUUGGAUUCGACAGGUAAUCAACUGACACCAAACAUCAAGCAACCCAACCCGGACAGUUAUAUCUCGGUGACCAAGCAAGUGACCGGAAUAGACGAAAACAGCAAAGUUCCCGCAAUUCCUGGCAAGAAUUACGAGUCAACAUACUACACCAAAUCGUCCACCUGUGGUUAUUUCACGUUCUCCUGCAACAUUGUGUACGGGGCGAAUGGUCGCAGCAAGAUAUGCAGACCCAAACCGCCCACCAAUGGGAAAUGCUAGUUGAAGUUAGUUACCUUAAGAUUGUAGUGCCUAAGCGAAACCACACCUGCGCAUAACUGCCAUUGUAGUUGAAAUUAGCGGAUCAUUUUAGGGUUUAAAACUGGAAAUCUCAUUUCAAAACUGCCAGCACAAGUUGUGUAUCAUUCACGGGCAGCUAUCGAGGUAGUGAUCAUAAUAUCUCUAUGUACCAUAAACUAGAAAUCCAAAGAUAUUGUCCCCAAUAAAGGAACUUUUUCCAACACUUA